AAACACACACACUCAGAGGUGCUGUUGUACUGGAAGCAUCACACUGACGGGUUUCUAAACACGGAGUGCUGUGACGAAUGUGUUAUGGUGAGGGUUAUGAGGGGUAACCUGCCCCACUCCUCAUAUUUCGUGACAAUUGAUGGUGGAGUCAUAAUUUGCUGUUGUGGUGCCAAAAAGUGACUGCAGAUGUUUCUGUGUGUUUUUAUGUCUAAUAUUUUUAUGUACACACUGUAACAAACAGGAUUUAUGUUCUAUAUAAGAUAAAGAAAUGAGCUUCUACAUUAUAAUCAGGUCCUUUUUCUUCAGAUAUCUUUACAGAAGUGUGAUGGUAGAUUUGUUAAGUUUCUGCUGCUCUGUUGGUCAGAUGGAACAGAUGGAAAAAGACAUUUUUAAUGUCAGUGAGAGUUUUUCUAUUUAUUUAUAUAUUUUUGAAUAAAGGAUAUAUUAAAGUCGCUUUGCCAGAAACAGACUGCAGCUUCUACUCUGUGACAGGAAGGUUCUUCCUGCCUCAACUUGACUUCAUGUCAUUCAUGCUUGAAAUGCUCCCAGUAGUGUGGGACACAUGAACUAGGAACGGUUUUAGUUUUAGGUUGUAUAUAAUAGUAAUUGGGGGUUAGAGCACUUUCUUUCUUUGAGGUUUUUUCUUUACAUUAUCUGACUUCACGAUGACAUAAAAAGUGAAUAUGCUGCACUAGGAUAACAAUAACAACAUUGACAUCAGCAUUAAUGAUGUAUAAAAACUUUUUUGUAACAAAAACAUCAUAAAACAUCAGAGUGUUGCUUUAGAUUGUGUUCAUUUUAAGCAGCAGAACCUGAAACACACAAACGUCUCUCCAAACAACAACAAACAGCUCGAACAGCUGAGAAACUGCAACAGCCUCUGAACACAAUACGACUGCAGAAACUAAAGGUUAUACUCAUCCUGUUCUCCACGGGGGGCGCUCUUUUCAACUGCAUACUUCCUGUUCUCAUCUGUCUGAGCUCGCAGAGACUCAGGGUCUGUCUCAAUAUGCGUUCUCGUGUACUCGUGAUACGUCAUCAGUCGGAGACCAAGUACUGUUCCAAUUCGAAGUACGCAUCAAACCGAGAACGUGAAAAAGUCCUGGAUGUGUUCUUGCUCCGCCUGUUUUAUUGAGCAUGCAUCGAUGGUGACUUGUGUGGACUUGGUGCAGCUAAAUAUCCCAGAAUGCAUUUCGUCCGAAACUCAAACGCGGCAAUGGCGGACGAGCGGGGCUAAAAACUUUUAAAUAUUACUCUUUCUGGGUCACACAAUAAACUUUUUAGUUAUUUUCAAGCUAGAAUGUAGCUGUGUAAACUUCAAAUAUCUGCUCGAUUUAUCAAGAUAUCAUAUAUUUUGUCACGGACCCAGCUCCAGGGAUUCGGGGUCCGUGAGCAGUGUGGACUAUAUUGUAAUUAUUAUUAUUAUUGUGGUUAUUGUUAUUAUUGUUAUUAUGGUUGUGUCUGCUGUCCUGUGUUCCGUGUUUGUGUACUGUCAGGUGUUUAUGGGUGUGUGCAUGUGUGUGAGGGUGCGGUCGUGGCAGGCACUUUUAGGCCUGGUGGGUGUGGCCCUGCCAGCUGACCGGUCCCACCCAGGAAUCCACACACACCUGGCGCCGAUCAAGCCUCGUCAGAGGAGCUUCAAAACAGUGUGGCUGAGAGCUCCUCAACGCUGGAUCGUUGAGUGACUUCCCGAGGCAUUGCGGCAUCCAGGAGGCAGCACACGGAUAGUACACAGGGAACGGAGACAGAGCACGGAGCACGGGAUAAGGGAGAAGACACGGAACGGGAGUUGGGAUCGCACGGGGGAUUUAUUGUUGUUUGGAUUUUCACCCCUGUAAAUAAACGCACUGCCUUCAGCGUCAAGUCCUGCAUUUUGGGUCCUCAUUCCUCACAUCCCCACGGUCUGCCACACAGACCGUGACAGAACGAUCCAGCCAGAUGGACCCAGCGGACUCAAGGACCGUCUCACAAGAGGAGUUGCUCGCCCAGCUCUGGAAUUACUGUCGGAGCAUUAUCCAGGUGGCAGAUCCACAUCAGAGACACAUACAGGUCGUAUUUUUUGAUACUUUCCUGUCUUCAACCACCUUUUCUGUGAGCUUUUUGGACAUUAAGAGAUUGAUUUCGAUUAUAACCAUACUGAGGGCAAGUUCCAGCUUUGAGCUUUUGGGUUUGGGCUGUCCGGGUAAGGAGGAUGUGGCGACCUCCUUAGGAGCCCUUGCUGCCUUUUUCUUUUUUCAUAGGCAGACAGCUUCCCCACCGUCGCUUGCAGCUCACUUGUUGGACCCUCCAUUGCGGGGGAAACGGUUCCCACGCUCUCUGCACCUCACCACUUCUCCACUCACCCCCGCGGCAUGUGCUGAGUCAGCAGACGAAGGACCGGCAGUUCAAAACAACACGGCUGCUGUCCUGCCCGGCCGGCUGGUGGAACCGCAGUCAGACACGCCGGCCCCGGCAUCAUUUGGGAAGCGAUGUUCGCGCCGCCGGCACGCCUCACCGCCGCCAGAUUCCCUGGCUUUCCCUCAGCCGAUUGUGGUGAGUCAUAUGGACAAUUCAUCUUCACUCGCCUCAUCUGUUUAUUCACUGGACUGUGUGAACGCUAACCUCGUAGCACAGCCUGUAGCCCUAGCACAGUCUGCUGCCCAGCACGUAACUCAGUCUGCUGCCCAGCACGUAACUCAGUCUUUAGUCCAGUCAGCCUCUCAUCCUCGUCCUCAGUUGGAGGUCGAUAUGCCUGCUGGACCAACUCUGCCAUCAUUUCACCAGUCUGUUGUUCCUGCAUCACUGUCCAGUCUACCACGAGUAGCUGCCACACCAUCAUCACCUCCACCCUCUGCAGCUACUUCUCCGCCAGCGUCCCAUCAGACUGCAGCGACCGCAGCACUCUUGGCUACACCAUCCACACCACCCGCUCGACCAUCAUCUUCACCACCUGCAGCUACCGCAUCGCCAUCUUCACCUCCGGAUCAACCAUCUAUAGCCGCUCUGCAGCCGGAGGAGCAGCUUAGCGAGCGGGGGAGCCCGCGUCACAGCCGGAGGAGGAGCUCAGCGAGCGGGGGAGCCCGCGUUGCCAACUGUUGAACUCAGCAAGCGGGAGGAGCCAGCGCCGCUGCCGGGGGAGCUCAGUGAGCCGGAGGAGCUCAGCAAGCCCGAGCAGGAGCUCAGCGAGCGGGAGGAGCUCAGCGAGCGGGAGGAGCUCAGCGAGCGGGAGGAGCCAGCGCCGCUGCCGGGGGAGCUCAGUGAGCCGGAGGAGCUCAGCAAGCCCGAGCAGGAGCUCAGCGAGCGGGAGGAGCUCAGCGAGCGGGAGGAGCCCGCGUCGCCAGCUGUGGAGCUCAGCGAGCCGGAGGAGCUCAGCAAGCCCGAGCGAGAGCUCAGCGAGCGGGAGGAGCUCAGCAAGCCCAAGCAGGAGCUCAGC